CUCCGCCUUCAUGGUGAACUCUGUUGCUGUAUUUCAUUCAGAGGUACAACCUUCAAUGGGACAUGCUACAUCACCAAUUCUCCGCUCAACCUUUUAGGUUUAGAUUGGUUCGAAGAACUUGGUCUCGCUGAUCUUCCUAUUAGAGCUAUCUGCAAUCAAGUCCAAACUACUGCUUCUACACAACAGCAUGCUGAAGACCUUCGAAAACGAUUUAUUGAAUUAUUUAAGUCUGGUCUCGGACUUUGUUCCACAACUGAAGCUGUUUUAAAACUGCAGCCAGAAGCUACGCCAGUUUUUCGCCCAAAGCGUCCAGUCCCAUACGCAUCUUUACCUCUGGUUGACGCUGAACUUCAACGUUUGGAAACUGAAGGUGUCCUAGUACCUGUUUCUUAUUCAUCAUGGGCUGCACCAAUUGUGGUUGUAAAAAAAUCCAAUGGUUCCAUACGCAUCUGUGCAGACUUUUCCACAGGACUCAACGCGGCUCUACAACAGCAUCACUAUCCGCUACCGAUCCCAGAUGACUUAUUUACUAUUUUAAAUGGUGGUACCUACUUUGCUAAGCUGGAUCUGGCAGAUGCUUACCUUCGAAUUCCAGUCGCUCUCGAAUCGAGAGAGUUGUUGACAAUCAACACUCACUGAGGACUUUUUCAGUAUACCCGGUUACCCUUCGGUAUCAAAACUGCUCCAGCGAUCUUCCAGCAGAUCAUGGACACUAUUCUGGCAGAUGUUCCUGGUGUUGCUACAUACCUUGACGAUGUGCUCAUUGUCGGCUCAACUGUUGACGAAUUGCAUACCAGAACCCGCUUAGUUCUGCAACGCCUCCAGGAUAAUGGUUUUCGCCUUCGCCCAGAAAAAUGCCAAUUCUUCUUACGUUUCGUUAAGUACCUGGGGUUUAUCUUUGAUGCUUCCGGACGACACCCUGAUCCUCAAAAUACUUACGCAAUCCAAAAAAUGCCUGCUCCCACUGAUGUCUCCUCACUGCGAUCAUUUUGGGGGAUGAUUAGCUACUAUUCAGCAUUUCUUCCGUCACUGCAUGACGUACGAUAUCCAUUAAAUCGUCUGCUAGAAAAGAAUGCUACUUGGAAUUGGUCAACGCAAUGUGAAUCAGCCUUUUCAAAACUUAAAGCCAUGCUAAGUUCCAAUCUUCUGCUAACCCACUACAAUCCGAAACUACCCAUUGUGGUUGCUUCUGACGCUUCAACACAUGGACUGGGUGCCGUAAUCUCACAUGUCUUUCCCGACGGGUCAGAGAAAGCGGUGAUGCACGCUUCGAGAACACUAACACCUGCUGAGAAACGCUACGGCCAGAUAGAGAAGGAAGCGUUAGCCCUAAUAUUUGCUAUCCGGCGAUUCCACAAAUUCAUUUAUGGGCGCCGUUUCACUUUGCUCACAGAUCACCAGCCGUUGUUAUCAAUCUUUGGAUCAAAGAAAGGCAUCCCUGCCCAUUCUGCUAAUCGUCUUCAACGUUGGGCGUUGGGGUUAUUCGGGUACAACUUCGACAUCCAGUAUCGACGUUCCGAAGAUUUGGGUCAAGCGGAUGCACUGUCCAGACUCAUCAGUAACCAUUCUACCACUGAUGAGGACACACUCAUAGCCACAGUAUCAACCGAAGAGGAUUCCGGUGCUACACUAUUGGCGAAUGCCGUUCGAGCAAUGCCUGUUACCGCUGAAGAUGUUCGGGAAGCUACCAGAGAAGACCCGAUUAUCCAAGAAGUGAUCACCUAUGUUCAGAGCAGAUGGCCAGUUAAGCAGCUGAGUGGUGAUAUGCAACAAUUAGCGAAUCGUCGCAGCGCUCUCUGUAUUGUUAACGAUUGUCUGAUGUUCGGUGAUCGCGUAGUAAUUCCAACAACCCUACGUUCCAAAGUCCUACGCCAAUUCCACUCUGGACACCCAGGGAUAAACCGUAUGAAAUCUAUCGCUCGAAGCUAUGCAUAUUGGCCAAAUAUGGACAAGCAGAUUGUCGACUUCGUCAAAAGAUGUUCACAUUGUCAAAAAGCUGCGAAAAAUCCUCCUAAGUUGCCUCCAGUACCCUGGCCAAAGUCAGAAAAACCCUGGUCGCGAGUGCAUAUUGACUUCACCGGACCCCUAGAUGGUACCACAUAUCUGAUACUGGUUGACUCAUACUCCAAAUGGCCGGAGAUAUUACCGAUUGCGCCACCCUCUACAACUCGAACCAUCAAACUCCUCAAUCGGAUCUUCGCUCAGCAUGGUCUUCCAGAAACAAUAGUAACAGACAAUGGUUCACAAUUCACAUCUAGCCAAUUCCGAGAAUGUUGCCUGCAAAAUUCGAUCAGCCAUGUUCGUUCUCCGCCAUAUCACCCCCAAUCUAAUGGACAAGCUGAAAGGUUCGUUGAUACAUUUAAACGAGCCAUGCUCAAAGCACGAGGGGAGGGGACCACAGAAGAUAUCAUAGAACGAUUCCUAGUCGCGUACCGGACGACCCCGCAUGACUUAUUGCCAAACUCCAAAUCCCCUGCUGAGAUGCUUAUGGGGCGAAAGCUACGGACAGUUCAUGGUGAGAUGAAACCCAAGAAAGUGGCCCAGCAAAGCCCCCAGAUGAAGAAUACUCGAAUUCCCUACGAAGUUGGUACAAAAGUGUAUGCGCGAGAUUAUAGACAUGGAUGCGAUAGAUGGGUAGAGGGUGAAAUCACACAAAAACAUGGGAACGUCAUGUAUGAUGUCAAGGUGAACCAAGAAAUCUGGACCAGGCACCACAAUCAACUCAGGUCAAGGGAAGCGAAGGAGAAAGAAGCAAUUACAAAACAUGUCCCACUCGACUUGCUGUUGGACACGUUUCAGCUUCCGCCAAUACCUCCAACAGAGACGACUAAGUCAUCUACUCAAGUAGAACAUCCUUCUGGUUCUGUGUGGUUGCCUCGGAGGUCGGAUCGCAAAAGAAGACACCCAAAGAAACUUCAAGUAAACCCUCGGUUACGUCGCUAUUAACUUCUCCAAAGGGGAGGUGUUGGGAUACUCAGAAAAAUAUCCCAGAAACAAUUAUCCGGUUAAGUCUAACGCUACCCUUGAACGUUAAAUGGUGUCAUUUCCCUAUUGGUCGUUUCCCUACUGAUCAAUAUUUAUUUCGCGUGUCAUUUUCCUAUUGGUCAAUAUUAUUUAACGUGUCAUCUUUCUGUUGGUCAAUAUUUAUAGUAAUCCUAACUGUAUAAAUAUGCAUUUGUUUGUAAGUCAUUAUUCUGCUGCUCCUGACCCCAUAAACGAUUUUUCAUCUACGGUUCGUGUUCUGAUAUAUUGGAGAUUGGGAACAGUAUUGGGGUCGAACUGGGAUAUCUGAAGCUUGUCAAUUGGUAGAAUUUAGAGUAGCCAACUCGCGAUUCACAAUAAUCAGUAAUUAGGAAAUAUCACAAUGAAUUCACAUAAAUUUGUAUCCGUUUAAUGUUAAUAAUGAUAUUUCACUAACUGGAAAACUUAUUUUGAUGCAUUUGCAUAAAAAUUACAUGACAUUGUGGUGUCGGUUAUUACGUUAAGCCCAUAU